AUGGGAUCCAACUCAAGAACCAUCAAGCUACCUCUCGUUCCUCUCGCCAAGGGCUCGGUCCUUUUGCCCGGAGUGACUCUCCGCAUUCCUGUCUCCAACCGCCCCGAUCUCGCCAACCUCCUGUCCUCAUUGGUGGACAAGCCAUCGAAACGAGAAGCCAAUAGCAUCACCUUCGGAUGUGUUCCGCUCAGCUCGCCGUUCCUAAGCCGUGAUGGACAGCAGCUCCUCGAAGGCGAGGACUCUGAUUCAGAGCGGAAGGAGGAAUACGAUUCUAUUGAUGCAGGCCAGGCGAGAAAGGAAGAUCUCUUCCGAUGCGGUGUGGUUGGCAAGGUCAUCGGAGUUCAGCGCCGGGCUUACUCCGAGCCCUUCCUGCUCGUCCAGGGGUCACAACGAUUCUCAAUCAAGAGAAUUAUCCGAGACCGGCCAUACUUUGAAGCAGAUGUACUUCUUCAUGAUGAAAGCAACUCGGGCCAAGGGGACGCGGAAGUCGCCGAUCUGUUCCAACAAUUGAGACAACUCUCCAGAGAGCUUCUCACUCUCUUGCGUCUAUCGUCGCUGCUAUCGGCUGCUUCGUCUCGCCUUUCACCGCUUGUUGCUCGGAAGUUUGAACUCUAUAUCUCAAAGACGGAAUUGACGCAGGCAGGGAAGCUUGCGGAUUUCAUGGCCGAUGUCUCUGAUGCAAGUUUCGAGGAGAAGUUGCGUAUCCUAUCAUCGUUGGAUGUGAGAGAACGCCUGGAGAGAGUCGUUGGGAUUCUUACCAGACAAGCCCAGCAUAUUAAGAGCAGUGUCAGAGUGACCUCAGUUAGCUCGACCUCAUUCCCAUCCUCGGGCAUGGAUAUCAGUCAAAUUGAUCCCCGUGAGCGUGAAUUGCUUGCAAAGCGAGCAAUGUCGGGUCUCUCUGGUCUCACUCCCCCUGGGCCAGCCAGCGCGCGUGGCAACGAUGAAGACAAGGAACCCAAUGAGAUUGAUGAGUUGCAGCAGAAGUUGAAAGAUGCAGAACUCAGCCCCGAGGCCCGAAAGAUUGCCGACAAGGAAUUGAAGCGUCUGCGUAAGAUGAACCCUGCCAACGCCGAGUACGGUGUAUGCCGGACCUACCUGGAGAAUCUGUCUGAGAUUCCAUGGACCAAGGUGACAGAGGAUCAGCUUGGACCUGACACAUUGAAGCGGGCCAGGAAACAGCUCGACGAAGACCAUUACGGCCUCGAGCGUAUUAAGAAGAGAUUGCUUGAAUACCUGGCUGUGUUGCGGCUCAAACAGUCCAGCAACCAGGAUGUUGAGCGCCAGAUCUCAGGACUCUCUCGGGACCUAGAUGCCUCGGCGGUUGGUGAUGUUGAGAAAGAUGUUCCUCUGCUGUCCGAGUCUGAUCGGGCUGCGCUCGAGACCCGGCUUCAACUCCUCAAGUCCAAGCGUAUGACUGACAAGUCUCCCAUCCUGCUUCUGGUUGGACCUCCUGGCACCGGUAAGACCAGUCUUGCACGAUCCGUUGCUGCGUCUCUUGGUCGCAAAUUCCACCGUAUCUCCCUCGGUGGUGUUCGCGACGAGGCUGAAAUCCGUGGUCACCGGCGCACCUACGUUGCUGCCAUGCCUGGCUUGGUUGUGAACGGUCUGAAGAAGGUUGGUGUUGCCAACCCUGUUAUUCUCCUUGAUGAAAUCGACAAGGUUGGUGGCUCCAAUUUUCAAGGUGACCCGUCUGCUGCCAUGCUGGAGGUCUUGGAUCCCGAGCAGAACCACACUUUCACCGAUCACUACAUCAACAUCCCCAUUGACCUGAGUAAGGUUCUUUUCCUUGCCACGGCUAACUCCCUGGAUACCAUCCCGGCUCCUCUGCUGGAUCGUAUGGAGACAAUUUCUCUGUCCGGUUAUACUACUGUCGAGAAGAGGCACAUCGCCAAGCAGCACCUGAUCCCUAAGCAGAUUCGUUCGAAUGGUCUCACCGAGGGCCAGGUCAAUAUGUCUGACGAAGUAAUUGACAAGACCAUCACUGCGUACACUCGCGAAUCGGGUGUCCGCAACUUGGAGCGGGAGCUUGGCUCCAUCUGCCGCCACAAGGCCGUUCAAUAUGCCGAUGCCAACGAUUCUGACCGUGUAGACGAUUACAAUCCUGUCGUUUCGCCAGAAGACCUGGAGGAAAUCCUGGGAAUUGAGCGUUUUGAGGAAGAGAUUGCCGAGAAGCACGGCCGUCCCGGUGUCGUCACUGGUCUUGUCGCUUACUCCACUGGCGGUCAGGGCAGUAUCCUCUUCAUUGAGGUGGCUGACAUGCCCGGUAGCGGACGUGUUCAGCUAACUGGUAAGCUGGGCGACGUGCUCAAGGAGUCUGUCGAGGUAGCUUUGACCUGGGUCAAGGCACACUCUUUCGAGCUGGGCCUCACCCACGACCCAAAUGAGGAUAUCAUGAAGAGCCGCAGCCUGCACGUCCACUGCCCUUCAGGUGCCAUCCCCAAGGACGGACCUUCCGCUGGUCUCGCCCACACGGUUGCAUUGAUCUCCCUGUUCACCAACAAGCCCGUCCCCCCUCAGAUCGCCAUGACCGGCGAGGUCUCUCUGCGGGGUCGGGUCAUGCCUGUCGGCGGUAUCAAGGAGAAGCUCAUCGGUGCUCACCGCGCCGGCGUCAAGACCGUUUUGCUGCCGGAUCACAACCGCAAGGAAGUCAAGGAAGUUCCACAAGAGGUGAAAGAAGGGCUGGAAAUCAUCUAUGUCAAGCACAUUUGGGAAGGACUGCGCACCAUCUGGCCGGAUGCCCAAUGGCCCGGUCAGCACCACAUGAACCUGCUCGAGAGCCGGCUGUAG